GUAGAGUUGCUAAAGUAUCAAUCUGAGAAUCCAGGCCGGAAAAUUUAUAAAAUCAGCUUCAACAAGAUUUUUACCAACGUUUGGUCCAAGUGUAUGACCAACUCUAAUAUAAGUAGUGGAUUUAGGGCUGUAGGUAUUUAUCCUUGACGUCAACCAAGGGUGUCAGAAACAUUUUAUUUCCAAGACAAAAAGAAAAUGCCGCCUCACACAUAGUGGAUUCAUCCGAUUCCGAAGAUUACUUGCCACUUCAAAAACGGAUUAACUAUCAUUCUAGUACUUCGUUCCAAAAACUUCUGCCAACACCAGCUAUGAAGCAAGCUGUUACUGUUAAACCACCACGGAAAAAAACAAUGAACUACAAAGCACAAACGAUUACUAAGGACUUGUUCCAGCAAAAUCCAUCGAGUUCAAGGAUUAUUCCAGAUCGACUUACAGAUUGGUAUUGUCAGGCUUGCAAAGAAAAUCGUUUAUCAAACAUGAGACAGUGCAUGAAAUCCCAAAUCUGGUACCAUGAGGAGUGUGUUGGUCUGACAGAAAGCGAUUUAAUUUUUGAAUGCCCAGAGUGUUAGUAAUUCACUUCAU